UUGUGACUCAGAGGUGCAGCUGCCAACUGCAUCUGCACAGCCAAGGCCAUCUGGGUCCUGUUCGAUGAAAACAGUUCAUUUCCCUGCAAAGCAAUGUGAUAUCUCCCCAGUGCACGAGUCGUCUUGGCUCCCAUCCCACAACAACACAGGGUGAGGGCUCGGACACGAUCUGUCUUUUCCCUUAGCUCUGGACGCCAACAUCCGUAUGGAAGAGAGCAGACACCAUCAAGGGAGCAGAACAUGGCAAGCAGUGGAUACCUGUAUAGCCUGCUGGCUGAAGAUGGAGCCUGGCAGGUGUUUGUAUCCAAGGCCAUGCUGUCCAGGGAGAAGGCAGUGGCCCUCCACAAAGCUCUGAAGGAUCUGACAGUGCUCUUGGCCAUAGCAGACAGUGGCAGACUUCAAAAAGGCCUGAAAGGCAGGCAGAAAUUUUUGAAAGUAUUUCCUCGCUUGAAAGCAGAGCUGGCGGACCACAUCAGCCAGCUCCACGCCCUGGCUGACCACUUUGAGAAACUACACAAGAGCUGCGCCAUCUCCAACGUGGUGGCUGACUCCUUCAGUGCUGCCUCUAACGUCCUGGACCUCCUUGGUCUCUUUCUGGCCCCUGUGACAGCAGAGGGGAGUCUGGUGCUCUCAGCAACUGGUUUGGGGCUGGGGGUAGCAGCUACUGUGACUAAUGUUGCUACUUCAAUCAUGGAGGAAAGAAGCAGGGUUUUGGAUGAAGUUGAAGCUGCUCCAACUGGCAUGCUGGGGGAGGCUGACACAAGUGUGACUAGGGUUUCCAGCAAGGUCUCUUGGGCUGCCAGAGAUAUCACCAGAGACCUGGAAGCCCUUGAGCAGCACAUGAAUGCCCUCAGGCUGGUUAGAGCCAACCCUCACUUAGAAGAAGAUGCCAAGAUCCUCGCCGCCAUGGGAAGCAUCUCUGCCCAACGGGCUACGCAGGUGCGGGCUAGUCUGAAAGGAACCCCUCUGGCAAUGAGCCAUGAAGCCCGGAUCCAACGUGCCACUGCCGCAGGUGCUGCCCUCUGGCGUGACGUGGGCAGCCUUGUGAAAGAGUCAAAGCAUUUGUCUGCGUCAGAAGCACUGAGGAAGCUGGCUCGAGAGCUAGAGGAGAAGCUGGAGGGGCUCACUGAAUUCUACAAGACGAUCUGAUCAGGCCCCAGUCGGUCACCCCAUCCCCAAGACAUGCAGAGGUCAGGGGAGAGGACCUGGACAGAGGCAAGGAUAACAGAGAGCAAGACUGCAGUCAGGUCCGAGGGAGAGAGCGUGCAGGCCCGCUGCUGAACACAGCACAGUCAGGUGAGACCCACCGAUGCCUGAGACAAUUGACCGGAGGAUGUGCUGCAAGAGGGAAUGGGAAGAUUGAACUCUGAACUAAACACAGAAGAAGCCAGUUAAAAGAAAGACUAGCACGCCCUCCCUGUCUGAGCUACUGCAAACAAGACCCCACAAAAUGCAAACCAGAGAGAUAGGUGUGUACUCUGUAAACAUGUCAUGAGCCCCAGCCCUGUGCUUUAGAGCCUGUGCUUUUCCCCAGCUCCCCAGCCCACGCCCAUCCUCAGGCAUGUCAUUAUCCCCUAAAUAAACCAUUUCUAUUGU